CUUCUCACAGCUUUUUGUUGCAGAAAAGAACCUUGCCAGCAGCAGCAGCGGCAGCGGCAGCGGCAGCAGCAGAGAAGACAAGACCAACGAAAAGUUAUCUAAGAAGAGUAAAGAUAAGCUCUCCCAGAAACACAAGCCACCACCAAGUCCAGACACGGGGGAUGAAUCUUUCCAGGAGACCAACCACGAGAAGAACAUGCGCCUUGUCCCUUACCAAUCCAAAGAAGAAUGCAAACAAAUCCUCUCUUAUAAGGAAGCAAAACAGAAUUCUGCACACCAGACUGAAAAUGAAGGUGAAUGUGCCACUCUUAUCUUGGCCUGCCUAUUCUGCCACUUCUGCGAUUUCCUACUUAUGUUACCAAGCAUGUGUGAGAAUAUGGUGACCAGCUUAUGCUGCCCGUCCCGUCGGUACUACCACACCUCUGAUGAGGAGCAAGCUAACUCUGACUGCAACUGUAGCUGUGACUGUGACUGCGGCCUAUUUGAUGCUUGCCAGGAGUCAGGUGAAUGCCUGGAAUUCGCAAUGGAAAUCUCGGAAAUUUGUUAUCACUGAACUGAACUGACUAUCUCUUAUCACGCUGCUUCACUUUACCAUCCCAACACAUGUUUUUUUAUCCAUCAGGAUUUUCAAUGUCUACAAUCUUUUGUUAACCAGUCUGAUCUAUGAGAUAUAAUAGGAAUAGUUUUCAACUAUGCUCCCCACAUCAGGACUGUCGAGAGCAUAGAAGAGGAAUGGCCAUGUUAAAAAGAGAUGUAAUUUCACCUUGUAUGCUCAGUUUGGUAGCAGAGUUUGUGUGGACCACAGGCAACUGUUAUUAUUGUCUUAAAGUACAUCUAAAGCCCCAUUUCUAUUUUUUAAUAGAUACACAAUGCAGUGCUACUACCUCCCCAGAAUCCUCCAUGGCUGAAGAACCCGUGUUAAGACACAGGUUGCUGAAACCUUGAAGACACUUGAUUCCCCAAAAGCAUCGGCAGAACACAGUAAAUAGGCAGCAAAAGGGCAACUUGUUUCAGCCUGGAAGGCCUCAAUCGUGACUUUUUCUUUUUAAGAAUGGAGUAGUAAAGGGGUAGAACGACUGUCCAGUUUCUAUUGUCUGGUUCCCAGUUAGGAAGAUUUACUUUCUAUAUUUGUCUUUAUAACUUUGUCACUAGAAAUGAAAAUGAUGGAAAAACAGAUAUAAAGGACAAAUCAAUCCUUGAAUAAUGACACGUCUUCUCACUAUUUGCUCUGUUGACAGGACAGCAAGUGAAGAAAAAUCUAGACCUUAAA